CCUUCCAAGACUGGGAAGAGGGAGAGAAAACACAUUUGACGUUCAAGCGAAAAGAGGAUAAUUGCUGCAAAGGGAUUAAUCUUGCCUUCAUUCAAGACGCAAAGAGUUGCAUAUUUUACUAUACAUAUAUAAAUAUACUGGUGGGGAGGAGUGUCAUAAUUCACUUGCUAAACGAGGAGUUGAAGCCACACACUUUUGGAGCUAUGAAGAAGUUCUUUGACUCUCGGCGAGAGCAGGGAGGUUCUGGGGCUGGUUCUGGAACCAUUGGAGGGGGUGGUAGCAGCAGCAGCGGGCCGGGGACUGGAUACAUCGGCCGGGUUUUCAACAUUGGAAGGCAUCAGGUGACCGUUGAUGAGGUCUUAGCAGAAGGGGGGUUUGCUAUUGUAUUUCUGGUAAGGACCAGCAGUGGAAUGAAAUGUGCCCUCAAACGCAUGUAUGUCAACAAUGAACAUGAUCUACAAGUCUGCAAACGGGAGAUUCAGAUCAUGAGGGACCUUGUGGGACACAAGAACAUUGUUGGAUACAUUGACUCCAGUAUAAACUCUGUGAGCAGCGGGGAUGUCUGGGAAGUCUUGAUCCUAAUGGAUUUUUGCCGAGGAGGUCAAGUGGUAAACCUGAUGAAUCAGCGCCUACAGACAGGAUUCACGGAAAAUGAAGUCCUGCAAAUCUUCUGUGACACCUGUGAAGCUGUGGCCAGGCUGCACCAGUGCAAAUUGCCUAUAAUCCACAGGGACUUGAAGGUGGAGAAUAUCCUGCUGCACGACCGUGGCCAUUACGUCCUGUGUGACUUUGGAAGUGCCACCAACAAAUUCCAGAACCCCCAACUUGAAGGAGUGAACGCAGUGGAAGAAGAGAUCAAGAAAUACACCACACUGUCCUACAGAGCACCAGAGAUGGUCAACCUCUAUAGCGGCAAACUGAUUACUACAAAAGCAGAUAUCUGGGCCAUGGGAUGUUUGCUGUACAAGCUCUGUUAUUUCACUUUACCGUUCGGAGAGAGCCAAGUGGCCAUUUGUGACGGAAACUUCACCAUUCCCGACAACUCACGCUACUCCCAGGACAUGCACUGCCUCAUACGGUAUAUGUUGGAACCAGACCCAGACAAGAGGCCCGAAAUUUACCAGGUCUCCCAUUUUGCAUUCAAACUAGCUAAGAGGGAAUGUCCAGUCCAGAACGCACAGAAUUCUCCCAUCCCUGCCAAACUUCCAGAGCCAGUGAAAGCUAGUGAAGCGGCUGCUAAGAAGAGCCAGCCAAAAGCCAGGCUGACGGAUCCUAUUCCUACAACGGAAACAUCCAUCACCCCACGCCAAAGACCCAAAGCUGGGCAGACACAGCCUAAUCCGGGAAUCCUGCCCAUUCAGCCUGCCUUGACUCCCAGAAAGAGGCCCACAGUCCAAGCUGUAGUCCAGGCCCAAGUUGUGGCUCCGGCACCUUUGGCUGGCGGCCAGCCUUCCCUCCCUGCGAGCCACCCGCCGGCGAAAGGCCUGCCUCAGCCGGCUCCACCUCUCCCGACAGCGCAGCCCAAGCAACCGGCCCCUGUGCAGCCGGCUGCCGCCGCCUCUCAGCCCCAGGUCCCUUCGCCUCAGCCUCAGAGCACCCCGCAGCAUCAGCUAUUCCUCAAGCAGCCGCAGCCGCCCCCAGCUGCGUUUUAUCAGCCGCCGCCGCCGCCCCUGCAAGUUCAACAGCUCCAAGCGAUGCCGCAGGCACCCCAGCCACCGGUGAAGCAACAGUUCCCAGUGGUCCAGCCGGGCGUGGUAGCACCCACGGUGCAACAGCAGCCGGUGCAGAACUACAUACAGCAACAGCUGCUGGCGCAACAGGCCAGCGCCAUCCAGCAAAAAGCAGCUGCUGGGCAGCAGAAGCAGCCAACUCCAAUACCACCACAACCCCAGGUUGCACCACAGGCGGUGGUCCAGCCCGCCCCUACGCAGGAUCACCCGCAAGCACCUCCACGACAACCAAAGGUCCCUAUGACCCCUUCCUCGGCUGUCCAGGGGCAGAAGGUGGGCUCCCUCACCCCACCAUCCUCUCCCAAGACUCAGCGAGGCGGACACAGGAGGAUCCUGAGUGACGUGACGCACAGCACGGUUUUCGGAGUCCCAGCCAGCAAAUCAACACAACUGCUACAGGCAGCAGCCGCUGAGGCCAGCCUCAAUAAAUCCAAGUCUGCCUCGACUACACCAUCGGGGUCCCCCAGGACUUCACAGCAAAAUGUCUACAACCCGCCAGAUGUCUCCACCUGGAACCCUUUUGAUGAUGACAACUUCUCCAAGCUGACAGCAGAGGAGCUGCUGAAUAAGGAUUUUGCGAAACUAAGCGAUGGUAAACCUCCAGAGAAGCUUGGAAGUUCAGAGAAUCUGAUCCCAGGUUUUCAGCCAGCACCUUCCACAACACAGGCAGAUGCAUUUGGAUCAUCUUCCCUUGCACCUGUGUCAGCUGAAAAAACAAAAGAUAUCUUGGACUCUAGCCCUCCACAUCUGGCUGUUCCUGAUCCUUUCAUUCCUCUUCCGCUAUCAGAUACACCAGAAAAACUGAUUGAGGGCCUCAAAUCUCCUGAGCCUGCACUUCUGCUCCCCGAUAUCCUGCCUCUUGCUGAUCCCUUCGGUAGCACCUCUGAUGCUGUGAAUGGAAAAGCUGACCUAACGGCUGAGAGUCUCAUCCCCGGCCUCGAGGCUCCCAUGCCCCAGCGUGUCGCCUCGCAGACAGACUCUGUGGCUUCAAACAGAGCAGAUUCUCUCCCUGGGGAGGACUCCCUGCUCGACUGCUCCCUGCUUUCUAACCCUGCUGCUGAUCUUCUGGAUGAGUUUGCUCCUUUAGCCAUUUCGUCCCAAACUCACAAAGAAGAUACUAACCUGAUAUCGGGCUUUGAUGUCCUUGAGGGCUCUGAAAAAGUGGCGGAAGAUGAGUUUGACCCCAUCCCUGUGUUGAUAUCCAAAAAUUCACAAGGUCUGCAGGGGGAGCCAGCCAUAUACUUCGCAGUGAAUGCUGAGCAAGGUCGAGGAGGAACUGCUCUUGGUGGCUUCCAGCUGAACGAACAGCAGCAAGAGAUGCUGGAUGGUCGAAACCAACAUGGAGGAGAAUCUGACUUCUUGAUGAGGGAUGGUCCUUCAAGCAACAGCUCUUUCCACAGCAGUGAGGGGGAAGGGACCGACCAGGAGGCAGACAUCCUGGAUUGUAGUGGAUCCAGGCCUUUGCUGAUGGACUCUGAAGAGGAAGAGGAGGCCUGUAAAAUAAACCCACAGCAUCAGGAAAGGGACAGAGUCCCCCAAGAAGACUUGAACCCCCAACCUCCCCAGAGUGGGCCAGGGCAGAUUCUACUCAAUUCUUUCCAACAGCCCCCGGGGGAAACUUUGGGCGAGAGAGACGUCUUUGCCACAGCUCCUUUCCAAACCUCCAGACCCCUCCAUGAUGACUUGGACAUCUUCACCAAAGCUCCCUUCAUCUCCAAGAGCCCGAAGCAACUGGAUGAGGGCGAUGUGUUCCUUAGAGCUCCAUUCACAAAAAGGAAAAGCCAGGAAGAGCUGACUUCGCACAGUGUGGCUCAGGAAUCUCCUGCUGCAGCAGCGGCGUUCCUCCUCUCUGCUGGAGCUGCCCAGUACGCGUUCAACGCUGCAUUCCCGAACCUGGAUAUGGGCAUGGCUGUUUCCCGGCUCGGACAAGGUCAAUAUUCUGGGGCCUCAUUGGCUCAGCCUUCCAGUGCUCCCCAUGUUUCUGCAAGAACAAAUGAAGGCCCACAUGCCAUUCUUCCCAAAGACGCCCCAGGAGAGCUGGGGAGCAUUCCUGCUGACCCACUCCAAGGACAUGCGCUCCCCCAAGACAUCUUCUUGGGCCCGAAGGUCAGCAGCAAGCCUUUCCGUCCACAGUCGUUAGCAAAAUACUCCCGUCACUACAGCCCAGAAGGUGGUCCAUGUGAUGCCGCCCAGCCCAUUGCAGCUUACAAAGUGGUGUCUCAGACCAACAAGCAAGCCAUCGCUGGGUCUGUUUCCAUUGCCCCGCUUUCUUCCAGAACUAAAGCGCUGCCCAGUUCUGAUCCAUUUGCAUCCGCACCCUUCCCUUCGAAACUGGGAAAGCAGCAGCCGUAAAUGGUUUCCACCAUGACAGGGUUUCAUGGCUUUGAAUAUGUUGGCCUUUUAAAGAACCUGCAAGUCCUAGACGGAAUACACUCCGUACCAAUACAUAAAAUGUCAGAACUCGUGUUGCUGUGACACUCACCUGAAUCAUCUGAAGCUGCUGGUUUCAGGCUUUUAACCGCCAGACAACUGAAGUUUUUUCAUGUGCUUUCAUGUUCCACCACUCCACUAUUUGCUCUCAAUUUGGGGUGGCGGGUAGUUACUUAAACCAGUAAUAACAAGGUGAAUAUAUUGGAUAGAACUAAUUACCUCUUGAUAUUAGCAUCCGCUAAGGAUUACAGAGUAUAUCAACACUACACCAAGAAUGUUCCAGGAAAAAACGGUACCCAGAUGGAAGAUAGUUUAAUUUUUCCAACCAAGAGAGAAGCUGGGAGAAAGGAUAUAGUAAACUUUUCUAGUUGUUGCUAAUAAAUCUUGCCCUAGAACCAGAACCUGCCAAUUUGAACCUGAAGUCUCACUCUGCAGUGUGUGCCUGCUGUUGCUGUCGGUUUUUUGUCUUUUGUUUCUACCUGAAAUCAAUUGGAAUAACAGCACUCUAACUGACUUAGGUUACAGUGUUAUGCACACUUACUUGAAGAUAAGGGAGAGGUCUUGGGUUUGGCCUGCAGAGUCCUUCUGCAAGUUAUACCCUUUGUGGAAGUGGUAACAGAAAUGCAGUGAACAUGGGGACCUAAGUAGCGUAAAGGAGCCUUUAUCUAUUCCCUAAAGGAGGGUUUGACUUUUUCACCUUUUUACAGCAUUUUGGUUGUGAAGCAGAUCUAAACCUAGAUGAGAUCGGCAAAGAAAAAACUUUAAGGUGAACUCCUCAGUGAGUUGGCUGGCAAGAUGACCCCACUUGAUACUGGCUUGAUUUCUUGCUUCCUGUGUCCCGUCCAUCCUUUCCCCUUGUCUUGGUCUGCCCCAGAACACCAGUGCUUUGCAUGCAGUCUGGGGGGAAUGCCCCAGCACGCAUACCUGGUUCAUGCAAGUUCCCCCCCCCCCACCUGUUAGUCCUCACUCUAGCCUUACAUGGACUGAGUGUAUCCGGCAAUCCUUCCCUGUGGCUGCAGCGUGGGUACGGAGGCUGUCUGCCGGCAAAGCUGCUCCUGCACUGUUAUGAUUCCCCCCCCCCCCCCGAGUCAGCCCAUCGGCCACGGAGCUCAGGACUGUCAGCACUGGCCAGCAGGAGUCUUUCCCAGCACUACCGGGAGAUGUCAAGGAUCAGCCCUGCGACCUUCUCUACGCAAAGCGUGCCGAGGAAGGGCUGGCUCUCCUGGACCCAGUUUGCAAGGCCCCUAUCAAAAGCUCUGCUCAUUGGUCGGUCACCCCCCCCCCCCCGCUGUCCCCAGUGCAGGGAGGAGAAAGGGAGCCUUCUCCACCGCCACCACCCCGCUCCUACUUUUAAUGCUCAUGUGCCUGUGGCCCUGCCUCCACUAUCUGCACGGUAGGUGCAAAAUCUGGCAGGAUGCAUCCAGAUGCUCCCGUCAGAGACUGCACCAAUUGGGCACCAAAGUUGUAGGUGGGGCUGGCAUGUGGAGGGCCCCCCCCACUUCAUGGGGUUGGGGAGAGAAGUGCAGUCUUCUCCAACCUGGGGCCCUCUGGACAUUUUGGACUACAACUCUAAUCAGCCCCAGCAAAUGAUCCAAAAUGUCUGGAGGCAGCAGAAGACAGCUGUAGGGCAUUUCUUGAUCAGGUUCUAUACACGCAUGAGCUGAUUAGCAAAACUUCUGAUGCCGUUACUUUUGUGGUAUGUUUGAAGCUGGGAGUGUUCAAACAGCCCUUAUUUUUGUUUCAUAUAUCUGGAGAAAAGAGUGUUCCGUACGUAGAGGGGGAUUUUUUAAUAAGGCAUCGCAUAGCUCAUGCCAUGCCAAAAAAAUAUGGAAUGGCGUGUGUCGCAUUGAUCGUAAUCCUGCUGAGCUCAGUGAGGCUUUGACAGCUUUUGAUAGCUGAAGAUCUGUUUCUGCAAAAUGGUCGAUUGGCAAAUGAUGUGCUCAUGAUUGGUCCUCACCUGCUGUUUAAUGAAGGACAAUCUUGGUUUUUAAUUGACAAUCCAAGAAGCUGGUGCAUCGCAGAAUUGACUUAUGAGAAAUCCUUGCGAAGUGUAGAAAUUGAUGGCAAGUUGACUCACAGCGGUCAGUUUUGUGGCAUUGUGCCUUUUGUGUGUGGGAAACGUGUCAUCACACUGCGACCUAGUAGAUGUAACACAUGAAAUUUUACCUCAUUCUCUUGCAGCUAUAUCUUUAAGUGCCCCCCCCCAGUCUGCCUCUUUUCAAAGGUAGCCCUACCAUGAGGUAAGGCAAGGCAGAUUUGGGGGUAUCAUUAAGGGUCCAGAGUAAAUGACAAAUCUGACCCAUGGGGCACAAUUCCCUGGGUAACUCUUCUAUGCAAGCCCUGCAAUGAAUUGAAUGGGUAACUGUGUAAGACGCGCAUGGGUGUACUCUGGCCCCCAUUCAUUUUAAUGGGGCUUGCGCAGGCAAAUUUUCCCAUGGAUUGUGCCUCAUGUCAGCCAAUGGGUGAAAGAAGUUCCCUUUAGGGUUUCUCCUCCAGGUAGCAAAACAUCUUGGGUGAGGCCUGGCUGUGAAUAAUGUUUGCUUUUUUCUGAAGGUUGUAGCCUAUAUGUUAGCAAUUUGGUGGUUAUUGGGGAUAUGUGUGGAAACCUUAGCUGCUCGUGGUGUGACUGUAUUCCCUGGUUAAGGGCCUGCUUUCAGUCCCUCAAGCUUUGAAACGGACUUGCUGGCACAAAAAGCUCUUUUGGUGGUACCUUCAAACGAAUUCGUAGCACUUUGUUAACUGCAAACAGGGGCAAUCGGGAGGGUGGUGGCUUUAGACCAGCCUUCCUCAACCUGGGGCGCUCCAGAUGUG